GGGCCAAGUUGGGAACUGCUGGUUUGUGGCUGCCUGCUCCUCCCUGGCAUCCCGCGAGGCCCUGUGGCAGAAGGUAAGCUGUGCCCCAUGCCAGAGGAAAGCUUCUCUUCAACACCUUGGCCUCGUGCUUUGUUUGCCUGGCUCAGAUACUGGAUCUUCAGGAAUGCCUCAGUCCUGAAAAGCUGCUCAUGAGGAAAACCUCUCUUAAAAAAAAAUGUUCUUUGAGAGGAAUUGUUGUGAUUGCAGCCACAUCAUCUUUGAGCCAAGUUUCUCCAUAACCACAUGAAACAAGCCCUGCUCUGUCCUUCCACAUCCCAAAUCUGACCCUCCCCACUCCAGAAUAACCAUAUACAUAUAUAUAUAUAUUCAGGAUGCUCAACUGCAGUGCAGAAAGUCCCUGUUUCCCAUAGUAUUACCUCUCUGGCUGCCCAGCAUGUUCUCGCCUUGGCCAUAAGACACCUUGCACAGGGGCAGUAGGAUGAUCUAAAGAUAUUAGUAUUCCUCCCAAGCCACUGUUCCUCAAACACACAUCCCUGGCAUGUCCCAUGGGUGGUUUGCUCCACACAGUGGGAUUCCUAUGAGAUUGGGGUCCAAGGACAUUAUCGUUGCACUGUCAUGGACCAGGAGGGCACUGAGGAGCUGCAGAAUAGGGGGCAGAGCCUGAGCAGUGUGAAGGGACAGGAGGUGCCAAGUGUCACAUCCUUUGCCAUCCUGUGGCCAUUUUUACCAUGUCCUCCUUGGGAGAAGAAUUGAAGCCUAUGAAAGCCAGUGCAGCUGUCGUCUUCAGUUUGGUACAGGUGUGUCUCAUCCUAGGAUAAGGGACCAGCAAGUUGCAAGCAGCUUUAUCUAGAUUUUAAUGUGAAAAGGUAGCCACCAAAGCCCCAUAGUGGUGGCAGUGUUGCCCACUUCACCCACAGCCCCUACUGCAGCAGACCAGUAUUCCCUCCUUGCUCUGUGUGCUGAGGUCUAUCCAGUUUCUACUAUUGUGGUCAUAAACACUGAGCUCCACCACGGGAAUAUGUCCUUUGUUUUCUGUUAAAAUCAAGUCUUUCCAGCACGUGUGAACAAGGUAGGUUUUGUUGGCUUCUGGAUAAGCAGUAAGAUUUCCUCCUGAUUCUGUACUUCUGUAGCUUGUGGCUGUUGUUACAGGCGUGGUGUAAGGUGUUGUUUAGGCUGUUCCUCUGCAUCGUCAUCUCCCCAGGGCAAGUUCUCCUCCCUCCUCACCAUUCAUCUCCAGCCCUGCCCUGGGAGAUGUGGACCAAACAGAAGCCAGGUCUCUUUGGACACUUCAUUAUUUCGGUUUACCAAUGGCAUUGCUGUUUCUCCCUUGGCAAUUUUGCCAUAGGUGUUUGUGACUUCUUUUUUUCCAUACGCUUAACUCUCAGAGCUGUUCUUUAUCUGCAUCCUUGGUUCCUUCUUUCUUUCAGAAAGGUUUGUUUUACAGCAAAAGCUAAAGUUACAGCCCUCUCCCCAUGCCCAGAGAUGUUUAUUGGUGGCUCAUUGGCCUUACAGCAUCUGCACACACAGGACCCUGCAGUGCCAUUGUCUACUUCUGACUCAUCAAUACACCAAUAAAAGCAACAGUUGAUAGGACAAGCAAGACAGCAAAACACUAAGCUGCUGAACUGUCAUUAGACACCAGAAUGUCCCUAAUUCAAAGUCUGGGAAGAGUUAAAAGAUGCUGAUGCAGGUGUUAAUAUCGCUGAAAUAUCAACACAGGGAUCUUGGUCCAGCUCUCCUGUUGCUGGUGAGUACAGGGCAGUUCCCAGUGCAGUGACCCACCUUGGGCUCCUGGUGUCUUCUGAUGGUCUUUUUUGGAGACUUCUUAUGGAAGUCCAAAUUAAAACCUCCAGGGAUCAUGCUCACUGGCUGUGAGCUGUGUGGCACAGCCCAAGUGAUAGCAGUGCCUUUUGUAAAUAUAUUCUAGAGAAACCCUUUCCUGGAUUUUAUUUAACACAGAUGGAGCUCCCAAAAUGCUCUGCAAAAGUGUGAUGUGACGGAAGCCAACAUGAGUCACAGAUAGGAUGGAGGGAACCAAAGAACUUAACCAAAGAAUCACCACAACACCAUACAACCUAACUCCAUACAAUGUGCCAUGUAAAAGUGGAUGCUGAAAUCCAUGGACUCUCUGAGAGUCCAAACCAAUGGCUCUAUCCUAAAGAUGCCACAGCAUGCUUGGAGGAGUCGGGCCUUUUCCAUGGAACACCUGAAGUCAUGAUGAUGGUUUAGCCAUCUCUUCAUGGUGCUUGGCAGAGGGGUGCAUGUUUUAGCAUGGCAACUCUGUUUGGAUUCCGUAGCCUCUUGGAGACACCCCGCAAAGAGGAAUGCAUUCAUACGUAUCCUCUUUUAUCCCUCUUUUAUCCUCUUCUAUGCCUGGAGAGCCCACCAAUGCAGCACAGAUGCUCUGGAUAUAAACAUACUCAGCAGUUUUUAGGGAAUGAGCAGCUCCAGGUUAGGCAUAGCAGUCUUGUUGGUGCUCACUUGGACUCAGAGCAUCUCUACAGCACUUGGAAGAGCUUGCUUGCAUCUUGGAUAUGCUCCUUCACUUGGACCAAAGAGACAAACGUAAGGCCCAGACUGUGUCCACAUCCCUAUUUCCCAGAAACACUGAGUAAAAGGGAAGUCCAUGCAUGAGCACCUUCUCCAACAUCAGUCCAGUCCAUUCGAGGGCAGUAGACCUAUGCUGAGCUGUUGGUGCCCACUAAGGCUUCCUGCCAUCAGUGCCACCCAGCAGAAGACAUGGGGUCCUGACUAUGAGUCAAACAUGAACAGCCACAUGUAGUGCCAAAUUGCCAUGAGUGCAGCCAGCAGGGCAAGAUGAACUAUUCUUCUCCUCCAACUGGCACUUGUGACUCCUCAUCUGGGAUUUGUCCAGGCUUAGGGUCUACAGACACCAGAGAGAUGGUUUUGCGUGGCCAGGAGGAGAUGAAGGUGGAGCUUUUUGCUGUUUGCAACUACCAAAUGGGAGGGUACAGACAAUACAGAGCCAGAUUUGAGCACACCACAGGACAAAAUUCAACAGCAGCAUGGGAAAUGAGAUAUAAAGGGGAAAAAAAAAAAAGAAAUGUCUUCAGCAUGAGCAUGUUCUGAAACUAGGGUCCAGAGAGCUCCAUGCACAGAGGUGCUCAGAGCUGGGAUAGACAAAGCUCCAGGCAACCUGAUUUAACCAUAAAGUCCCACUCUGAGCAGAGGGUAGAAGCAGACUCCUCCAGAAGCUGCUUCCAACAUGAAUGAUCCCAUGAACUGAUAUUCUAAGAGUACACUGGCAUUGAAACCUGCAGGAUGGUUGCCCUGGCUGUACACCUUCAUUUAGGGAUAACGAGCUGCACUUUGGCUUGUCGGAGUGGUUGUCAGGGAGGUUGCCAGGGAGGCUGACAUCAGAUAUCCCUUCCCUAUAGAUUAUCAUGCACAGCAGCACCAUCAGUUCCUAAUCUGCAAACGAGAUGGGAGGGCACCCAGAGGAAGCCCUGGAGGGUGUUUUGCGUCACUGGCCUGGGUUGCCUAGCACCACUGGGACCGUGGAGAAGGGGCACCAGAAUUUUUACCCCUGCGUGUCCUAUCUGGGAGCCAAACGUUGCUGAGGACAUAGCAGAGGAGCAGCGGAGGAGAUGGCAGCUGAGGCAGGGGAGCUCAAGCUGCCCUUCAUCCACGAUGACCAGCUCACCCGGUGCAUGCGUCUGAGAGCCCAGAGCCUGCAGCAGAAAAACGCCAGGCCCCAGGAUGGUGAGAAGCUGCUGCAUCCCAACGAGCACAUCUACAGGGUGGAUUUCAUCCGGCAGCACAACCUGCACUUCCUCCGCUGGGACAUCCAACUGGAGAGAUCCGGGAAGGUGACGGUGACCGGCACCUCCCAGCACUGGACUCCUGAUCUCACCCACCUGAUGAACCGACAGCUGCUGGAACCAGUGGGCAUCUUCUGGAAGAAACCAGGGGCCAAGGAGGUGGAGUACAAUGAGGCAGAUGCCCAGGAAUUUGGGGAGCGGCUCGUGGAGUUAGCCAAGAUCCGCAAGGUGAUGUAUUUCCUCCUUGCUUUCACCGACGGCCUUGAACCUGCUCAGCUGAAGGGUUCCAUCAUUUUUAAAGCCUGAUUCCCUCCAGCUCUGUCCUUCUUGCUCAGCUAUGCUUUGUCUUCGUUUUUCUUUCUUUUGUUCAGUUCUUGGUUGUUUCUCCGUGGUUCUUCAUUGAAGGAUGGCAUAACAAAAUGGUGGAGAACAUCUUGACACUUCUGGAGCUCCUCACCCCUGAAAAACAUUCCCUAACAUGCUUUCCUCAAUCUGAAUGAAGGGGAAGAGGCAGGACGAGCCAUGGAUGCUUGCUGCUUUAUUUGCCUAGAGUAUAAUUCUGCUUGCUUGUGAGUUCAGGGAUUCACCAGACCUGGCUGGCAGUCUUUCUGGCUUGGAAAUGUUUGGCUGCUCUUACCCUUCCAACCAUGGCACCUGGAUACAAAAUGACUGAUGGAAAGAUAAAUUGCCAUGCUGCAAACAGGAGAGACAUCCUGGAGGGAGUGCUGCCUUCCAGUUUCCAUCCCAGCCCCAUCCAAAAGGGGAGGCUUGUUUGAGAUGGAUCCUUGCAAGAAUGCUGAGUGCUUGCAACUUACAGUGACUCCUAUGUGACUGUGACUGUGACUGCUCCAUGUCUCUGAAGACCAGACCUAUGGAAGCUCACCUUACCAUGAAGCUGAAGCACUUUCAAACAUGUUGUAUUUAGCAGAUUGCAAACUCACUGGACAAAAAAAAUAGGAGGGUGGACCUUCCUUUUCCUGACAGCUUUCACUGUUAAAUACGGGGGGUCAACGUGGGGAGGUGUGCUCAAGAGUGUUGCCUGCCUCUUGUUGCCUGUAUUUUUGAUACUGAGAUGGGUUGGAGCAGGCAUGCAUGUGUGUGCAGAGCCAGCAGCUCAGAGCAGGCUGUAGGUCUGAGCCAGCAGCUAGUUCCCUGCAACAAAACCAAUCUGUGCAUGAUUAUGGCCUUAAAACACCUUCAUGGCCAAGUUGGAUGGGGCAUUGAGCAGCCUGGUCUAAUGGAAGGUGUCCCUUUCCAUGGCAGGGUGGUUGGAACUAGAUGAUCUCUAAGGUCUUUUCCAACCCAAACCAUUCUUUUGAUUCUGUGAUGUAUAGAGAGCACUUUGCAGACCACAUCCAGGAUGUUUUGUUCCUGUCUCAUCCAUUGACUGUGCAUAAACUGCUAACUUUGGACAUCCCCUUUUCCUCCACCAGAAGGUACUUUAGUGACACUUCUUGUGAGUCACAGGUGGAAAUGUCCUUUGAAAAAGUAAAGUAUUUUUAUUAUUGGUUUGCACCCAAAUGGGGCUGAGCAUUAAGGUAUGGACUGAGGUUUUCCUGAGGUGUGUAAGCAGGGGGCAGUGGGGGGAAAACCAGGACGAGAUGGCAUGAUACCCAUGGCCUACUGAUUGCGUGGACCGUCCCCAAAAGAGUCCAGCCUCUUCUCCAGAUCCCAUAGAGAUGCUGGACACCGUGCCCUCUCUAGCCCAAUGACAGUGUAUAAAAUUAUAUGCACAAGUUGUAUUAGAGCGAGAGGAAAAGUGAAAGAGGAGAUGGAGAGAAAUUGGAAGCUUUGAGUCUUGCCUGCAGCCAAAGUUCAGCAACCACACAUGGCCACGCCAUGGACAUUGCUGGAAAAGUUGACGUCAUUGCUUGUAUCCCAAGACAUGCUGUAUUCAGUGAAGAGAAAUAAAAGGGGACCCAUCCCUGCUUAGCUAUAGUAUGGCCCUAUGGUGGAUCAAACCCAGUUCUAGGGUCCCAAAACGGUCUCUUAUGGUCUCUUUUUCUAUAGGAGAACCCUCUUUAUUCAUCCCAGAACAAAGCCCCUGCGUGCAAACGAGAUCAGACCCCAUAGCAGGUGUCAUUGCCAACUUCCAAAAGGGUUUUUGCUUGCCAGGUCUCAUAAUAUGUAAUUGCUGCAAUGCUGUUUGCUCAGUUAGAGUUCCUGCAGCAGGUACCUUGCUUGGUAUUGAUGUGCCACAGUAAAUAAAAGCCUUAUCAGCUGGUUUCCCCUUAA